AUGGCACCCAAUCCUGCAAACAACAGACCUCUCGAGGAGGAUGAGCACUACCCGCUCAGCGACAUCUCGGACUAUCAACUGGACCAACUUACGGAACUGCUAUGGAUGGACCAAAGCGUCAACGCAGUUAUGCCAAAUCAGGUGUGGCUGCAGUCACAAUUCGAUGGUGUCGCUCGACUCGACAAGUCUAACCGGCGUUCGAAGAACCUCUGGAAGCGUAUCUCAUCCGGACUAGAGAACUUCAGCCUCGCACCACGACAUGUACAUGAUGGAAGACCUACAGCCUGCCUCUGUGAUGCCCAUCACGACCUCGAUCCCAAACUGAUUCGGCGCCUGAUGGGACUCAUCAUAAUUGAGUGCACUGUACGUAUUCAUCGGUUUCGUUACUGGCGUCGAUACAUCGAUUUCCCUCCUGCUAUACUUCUAUGGCUAGAUCGUAUGGAUGCGGUGACUGGACUUUGGAUGACUCGGGAUGCUUUUAAUGCCACCUUCGGCUACGAUCGCGUCUGUCCAAAUCAGAACAAGGUCCUGAGCAAGUGCGAGGCCUGUAUCAUGGCGGCCAUUGGAGGCAGACCUCAGGUACUGACCUACCUACGAGCAUCCAUGAUUGGACGUCGCGAUCGCCGUUUCGACAAAGGCCUGAAAACCCCUAGAUUGCUCCGAGUGGUAGAGUCCUGGAUUGGACAUUUCAAAGCCGAUGUUCGCAAGGCUAUCGUGACUGGAAGUCACGAAGUUCGUCAGCAACUUGACAAUCUGGAUGCAAUCCUCGGAACCUUGGAGAAGGACCGCCCUAUAUCUGACUUGUCUAGAUCGAGCCGUCACCGGAAUUCAAAUACGCAUGAAGCGGAUGAAAGGCCUGCUCAUGGUCAUCGGAAGCGAACAUCCCGCGAGGCAAGUUCUCGAAGCUAUAGCAUGGAAGGUAGCCACCAAACCAGACCAUCACACGAAUACAAUACCGAAGCCGAGCAAGAAUGGAUGGAUACAGACGAAGCCUGCCAAGCGUCGAUCUAUCUGGACUGUCAGAUGCAGAAACGAGGUUUAACAGCAUCAAAGCGCCGGGAGAUGUUUGAACAGGACAUGCACCCCGCCUUUCGUGACUAUACACAAGAUGCAGCAGGAAUGUCGGCGGGCGAUCGGCUGCAGAACGAUGCUGAGCCAAAGCUCGAAAAUGAUGCAAUCUCUUCUUUCUCCAGUCCAAGUGCUAUCCCAGCACCACUCAGCCUGGCCAAGAAGCCUCAGAAGCCACCUACUCCGCCCCGUAGUACUUCUGACAACGACCCUGCAGAAUCGAUUUGGGAGCCUGUCUCAGUGUUCUCUCCCCCACAGUCUGUAGUUGGAGAUUCGCCUACUCGCCGUGCCCCUAUCGCGCCCAACAGGGAGAUUGAUAACGAUUCUCUCUUCACCACGUUUGCCGACAAUCAAGCACACCUCGAGUUUUGCCAGCGAUGGGGCCUGGCACCUGGUUCUGAUUUCCGCGAACCACCCGCAGCCUCCGGAGCGCCGCAAACCCAAACACCAACUCGACAGAAUUCGGAUGCCCGUUCGGUUGCAGCAGCCUCGAGCGUAUACUCCGAUCACCCUGGCUUUCGACGCUCUCAGCAGUAUGACACUACUCCGGCCAUUCCACCAAAAAGCCGAUUGCGAGAAAGCCGUGCAGCUUCGAGUCACAGUGGACGAAGCAGAGCCGCACAUCGACAGUCGCGAGACCAGCGCGGCAACAGCCUUUGGAACAGUUUGCAAGAGAACAGAGCUAGCAUGAUUGAGGAGUAUGAGAAUGAAGAAUAG